AUGAGUUUAACAAUCCAUAGUUUAUCAUAUGCAGCAUCAUUGAUAAAGCCUGUGCACAUCAUAGAUGUAAUUCAUUAAAUUCUAUUUUUAGUUAUAUGCUAAAUCUUGCGUUAACGUUGGGGAAUGUUGUGCAUGCUCAAAAACAGGUUAUUGUACCUCAAAUCAUACAUGUGCUUGUACAGCAACUUAAGGAGGUGAACAAUAUGGUUAAACUUGUUUAUUGAACUCAACUGAAAACGCUGCUGUUGAAAAAUAGUUAGUAAGUGGAGCAGAUGAGUCAUAAAUAGCAAGGUUACUGUGAUGAUAUAUUUUUAGUUUUUCUGUUAUCUAGGUUUAUGAUUUAUUGAAUAGAAAUUCUACUUUGACAUUUAAACAAUUAAAUGCCUUAUAUGAAUUAGGCAAAUCUAUAGCUAAAAAUAGUGUAUAGUAAAGUGAAAUCAAUUGGUUUUUAAGAAGCAUAGAAUACAUGACAUAGAAAUUAAAAACAAUUAAAACAUUAGAAACAAGUGCUCUUUAGACUUUUUAAAUAUAAAUAAUUGAUUUAAUUAGAUCCUUAAUGUUCAAAUAUAUUGAUUUGGAUUCAUAAAAGAAUGUGAUUUACUUUGAAUAAGGAUAUUUUAGUGCUAUUAUUGCUAAAUGGAAAGAUACAAGUAUAUUAUAUUUUGAUUUCUAAUAGUAAGUUAUACUAAUAUGAAAAUAAAUUAAAAAUAAAUAAAAUCAGCUUAAUGUGAAUACAAAUUCAAAUCUGUAUUAAUAAAGGUAUUAUAUAGAGAUUUAUCAUAGUAUAAACUAGUGCUGGCUGUUUCUAAUGAUAUGUUAGAUUCAUUUCUAAAUUCGACAUUUAUUUACAAUUCUACUGUCACUUAUUGUUAAUUUAUGGAUAAAUAUGGAGAAAUCUAUUUCCCUCCUUCCUCUGAGUUUCAUUAUUGGCAUUAUGUUCCAAAUUAUGAUUAUGAGCCAUUGCUGAAAAUGUAAGAUGUUAUUGGUCUUGGAUGCUUUUAAGUAUCCAUUUUUAUAAUUAAUCUAGAUAAAACAAUCUAAUUCAGUUUAUAGUUUGGAAUACAACAAUUAAGGAUGCUAAUACAAAUAAAUAACUACCUCAAGACCAGUACCUUAUUGUUAAUGUAACGAACCUGGAUUUACUUUUGUAUAGAUUUUGUGGAGUGAUACAAAAAUUACUUAGCUUGCUUUGGCUGCACAAGCAUAAAGUUUAAAUUAAUAAUAAACAGAAACUUAAGGGCAAUUAUUGAUCCUUAUAUAUUUGAUUAUAUAUAUUUUAUUAUGA